AUGAGUUGCCUAUAUACUUUUAUAGCUAAUAGUGAAAUUACAAACGUCAAAUAUUUUUAUAUACCUACCAAGACCAGGCACUGUACAGUGUUCACAUCAUAUUGCUUGGGAUUGCACUUUAAUCUGAGGUUAAGUGCUCCAACAUCUGGCUCCGCUCGUCGGAGGGCCAGGGAGCGUCGCAGAGCGGAACAGACUCGCGAGGAGGGAGAGCGGUUGGCCCGAGAGCGACGGGAGCAUAGAGCCAAGGAGAAACAAGAACAACAGCGUCAGGCCCGUGAAGAACUGGCGUCGUACGAGCCCUGGGGCCGCGCUGGCGGCGGAGCGCCCAAUGCACAAGGAGUGAGGUUUUCUGAUAUACGUGCAAGAGGAAUUUAUCCUGAAGAUGAAUUAAGGGGUGUAUCUCAGUUUGAACCUUGCCACCGGUGGCCGUCCACUCCGCGCCGACAACAACGGCGCACACCGCUGCGCCUGCGUGAAGAUCCGCAGUUAUGCUUUGCGGACAAUUUGCGCCGAAGUGUUGAUAACGACAUUCGAUACAAACAAACUCCUGAUCAACAUCAGAUUUACAAACAGGCUUUAGAUGAUAUGGUUAAUAAAAGAAAAAAAGCUGUAAAAGACGAAAUAACAAAAAAUUUGGAAUACGAGCGCAAAAUGCAUAACAUGGAGGGACCAUGGGGUAGACCAGGUCCUGGCGGAACCACUUGGAGAAACCCCCGUGAUGUUGGAUUAAAUUUCACCAAGUCUAUGGGUUGGACAGAUAAUGAAGUUUUCAAUAAAAUGACGGGGGAUCAUAAGCGCUAUAAAAGUUCUUCGCUUACUUUACCUCAAGUAAAGAGAGAUGAUGAUUUAAAAGAGAACAAUCCAUCAGAAACUGAAAAUAUUAAAUCUUCAAGCGUAGAUAAAUUGCCCGAUAUAAACCACACGAAUAAUGCAAAUGGACAAACUAAAGAAGUGAAGGAAAAGAAAAGCGACAACGCAUUAACAAAAGUUAAUGGUUCGACUGGAAAAUCGACUAAUGGCAAUCACAAAGGAAAGCGAAGUCCGACAAAAAAAAUAGUCAAAAGGUUAUCUAAUGGUGAUAGAGUAGUACGGAGCGUGCCUGCGGAAGAUGUUGAAACCAAACCCACUAAAAAUGCUGAAUCUAUUCAUAUAUUAGAGAAAAAACCAACUCCUGAAGAGACUAUUUUGAAAUUAACGGGUGGAAUAGAACUGGUACCACUUUUUGCAAGAAGGAGGAGAGUUGGUGCUCGCACUCUACCCUCUAGUGACGUAACGCGACCACCCGAGCAAUACUGUCAAUGGCGUGAAAUGUUAAAUGUUGACUAUUUAAGAGAAUUAAAACAUCAGAUACGCGUGAAAUGUGAACAGAAAAAGGAGAGCCGUCUCGAUUCAGCCGAGAGUGUUAGAAGGCACCAUGAAACCUGGGCUUCGUUAUGGGGAAGACCUGGCCACGGUGCCCCCCAACGCGGACGUUAUGCGAGAAGUAAUCUUGCUCAAUUACUCUAUGUCACACCUGUGACCAAUGGACAUUAAAGGAUUGUCUACAUAGAUACAUUGUUGAUUACGUUUAAAAAUUUCAUACCAUAGUUUAUUAUUGUCAGUUCCUUCAGUUUCACUUGAAUGAAUGUUAUGAUAUGAAUAUUUACUUAUUAAUAGAAAAUCUACAGACACAUAAUUAA